CAGAUAUGCUCCGUUAUUUCGUGGAGCACUGACAAAGUCGAAUUUUCCCCUAUCCACAAAACCCAGAAAACUCCCAACCAUGGCAAUGGCUCACUGCCACCAAUCUCCCACUUUUUCCCUCUUCCCAAACCCUAAUUACGCUCACAAUAAGAAAUUCUCUUCGUUUUCCGUUCGAUGUUCGUCGAAUUCCCCUCCCAAUGCCGAGGACAACUCGCCGAGGAAGAAGAAGAGGCUGUCGCAGCAGUCGUUGUGGGAGGCCAAAGAUUCCGAGGGCAGAGACUACCUCUACAGGUUGGGCAAGGAGGCCGACAACAUGAACAUCGCCGUCGGAGCUAGGUCCGGCGUCAUCGAUGACCUUUUCGCCGGAAACUUUCUCGGCCGAGACUCGGAUAUUGUGUUUGAUUAUCGUCAAAAGGUGACGAGGUCGUUCGAGUAUCUUCAAGGCGAUUACUACAUCGCUCCUCUCUUCAUGCAUCCGGUACCUAUUGUUGAGAGAUCUCAGACUUUCUUGGGUUACCUCCAGGAGUUGCAAGGAGUUAUGUGUCUUCUUCUCGGUCUGGACCUAACAAAAGGAGGGAACAUUUUGGGGAAG